ACAUUGAGCAGUAAAGCCGGUGAUGAUUUGUACAGAAUUAUUAUCUAGUAGCUAGUUAGUACAUUAGUAUGCGUUUUCCUUGUUUUUUGUCAUCUUCUUCAAGUGUGACCCGUUAAGUAUAAAAUUGUGCUUUUGUCUUUGGUCUUUUCGUAUUAAUAAUCGUACAUUGGUAACUAGGAUAUCUAGAAAUGGCAGGUUCUUUCAAUCUUCAGAAUGUGGUGGACACAUAUAAGUCUUGUCUUAGCGAAAACAAGGAGAUUUACAUCAAGUAUUAUAUAGCGGGAUGGCGAGAGCUUGUGAGUUUCAUGAAUAGCUUGGGUAGUCUGUUCUCUUUCAUCUCCAAGGAUGCAGUCAGCAAAAUUCAAAUAAUGGAGACCUUCCUGAUGGGUGAGAAUGGGGCUCAUUACCUUACUGUCCAAUCCAUGGUGAAAUUUGAGCUGAACAAUAAACUGGUGGACUUCACCCAAAGUGGCAGCCACCCAGAGUCGGGCUGUCGCACCCUCUUACGGCUGCAUCGCGCCCUGCGAUGGCUCCAGCUCUUCCUGGAAAGCCUGCGCACCAGCACGGAGGACAGCAAGACCUCCAUCAUGUGCUCCGAGGCCUAUAAUGAGUCCUUGGCCCAGUAUCAUUCGUGGUUCAUCCAGACAGCUGCUAGAUUGGCGUUCCGCACCCUUCCCGGACGCGAUGCAUUCUUUGAGGUGAUGAAUGCAGGCAGCCAACAGCAGGUGGUUGCCAUGUUGGGAGAAGCCACACCCCUCAUCUCAGAAGUGCAUCAAAUCACAGAAGACCUAUAUGCAAAGAACAAGCUGCUGGAGUUACCCUAGAUGGAUUAUCUGUUUCAUCUCUAUUGGGCAACAUUUUCCCCAAAGCUUCCCAGUCUAACAGAGCUUCCAGAAAUCACAGUCCUUGACUUUUGUAUGCAUUUGCUACUUCCCAUCCGUGAAGCCAAAGAGAACUGAUUGAUGUAGGAUGCAGUUCUGUACCGUGACAUGCUCCAUAGCUGCUUAAUGUUAGUUUGUGUAAUAAAUUAGGCCAGAAUGAGUAGCAGGCCUACAUAUAUCUUUUCAAAUUAGUCUACACUGGCAAAUGGUUAGGGUUUAUAUAGUAUAUGUAUUAUUGAUUUAAAGGGGACUACUGAAUGGAAUUAAAUUAUAUAAUGUUCAUAUACAUACAUACAUACAUACAUACAUGUUUUACAUAUUGUAAAUAUUAAGGAUGAUUUUAUUUUAUUGUAUCACUUUAAUUUCAGUUACCUUGUAUUUUUGUAGUAUUUGCACUACAAUUCGUUUAGAAUAAUUUUAAAUAUAACUUCGAAACCUGAUCUUAGAGUUAUAGGCUUUUUGCAGUUGUAAUGCUGUUGUGAUUUGUGAUGUUCAACGUUCACAGACUAAAGGAUGAAUGAAAUAAAUAUAUAAAAUUUAAAAUAA